CUAAAUUAAUAAAUUAGAUAAAGAAACGUAUAAUUGCCACGGCCUUCUGACGCACAGCUGCUAAGUGCCCAUUUCCUAUUUCAUUUCAGAUGCAAAGUAUCUUCUACCUAUGUGCACGUUAGAAGCGUGUCACACGUUUCAGUCGAAGAAGCUCUCGUAGCAAAAGUACUUUUCCGUCGACUACGAAACGGCAAAACGGAUUUUACCCGAUAUUCAUAGUACACUGAUAAGAGAGAUAAGACGAAGCAUACUGUAUUUAUUCCACUCACAGAAUUAUCAGUUACAUGCCGAUUCCAAAGGAAUACUCAUCAUGGUCCGCGAUCGUAUGGCUGAUUUGCGUGCCAGCCGAAGCAACAGCAGUACUUUUGGCAGAGGAUUCUUGCAGGACGUACACCUUCAAAUAGCUCAAAAUAAAAAGCUUAAAGAGUUACUUGACGAAGCCGAGGAAAUACGCGGUCUGAUCCAUCUUACAGUUGAAAACGUUUCUAUCGUGAAGAACUUGCAUAACAAUAUUCUAUCGCACACGAAUAAGGACUUGCAAAAAGAAUUAGAGACUCGCACGUGUACGAUUUCGCAGACGGUUUUUCACGUGCAGCGAAAGUUAGGAGAUAUGAGAAAAGGUAUCAUUGCCAUUGACGAUUUGACUGUAGCACAAGAUGAACCUGUAUACGAUGCAUACACGAGAAUUAGAACGUUGCAAUAUACAACUAUGCUGCAAAUGUUUUCUGAUAUUAUGGACGAUUACAAUGCCUCGUUACUGAAAUACCAUGAUAAGUGCCUCUUACUCUUGCAGCAACAACGUUCACUACUAAGGCGACAAGUUACUAGCGCGGAAUUGGAUCAUAUGCUCGAUGCUCAAGAAACUAGCUUAUUUGUCGAUAAUAUUUUAGAAGAUAGUAAGAUAGCUAGGCGACAAUUAUCAGAUAUAACAAGUAGACAUAAUAAUGUUCUAAAAUUGGAAAAAUCUCUCACAGAAAUCAGAGAUAUGUUUACAGAAAUAGCAUUUCUAGUCGAAAAACAGGGGGAACAAAUUAAUAAUAUAGAAUAUUUUGCCAAUAAAACCACGGAUAACAUCGACGGCGGACGUGUUCAACUCAGAAAGUCAGAACAGAGAAGUCACAGAUAUAGAAAGCGAAAAAUCAAGAUUGCCAUUAUCAUAAGUAUAAUAGUGAUAAUAUGUCUUUUAUUUAUUAUCGCGUCAUUUUAG